CCAGUUCGGCUCCAGGCGGCGGGGGCCACUAUUUUCCAAAGACGCAGCGCCGCGCCGUGCCGCGCGCAGGGCUCGCCAAGCGGCCCCGUCGGGCGCCGGGCGCAGAGGUCUAGCGAGCCUCCGCGCGUCGACCUGGGCUAGCCGCGGCGUCGGGACGCGGCGGCGGCGGCCCCCCUCCCUGGGUCUCUCUGGGCCCCGGUCGGCCGCUCGGGCCAGUCAUGAAGGCGAGGGGCGCGCUGUGCCUCGCCCUGCUGCUGGCGGCGCUUGGCACGCGCGCGGACGACGCCGACGGCGACGACGACGACCUGGACUUGGACGACCUCGACGAGGACGAGGGGCCCAGCCCCGCCCCGCCGGUGGAGGACUUUGACCUGGGCAUACCGGAGGAGGACAGGCGGAAGAUGAUGGCGAGCUGCUGGCAGCACACGCUCAACCGCGUGCAGUUGCGCGGCGAGGAGCUCAAGGCCGCCGUCGAGCAGAUGGUCGCCGCUCGCCGGGAGCAGGGGUUGUCGUCGGACCAGGCCAUGAACACCUUGCUGUUCGGCUGGAUGAUGGCCUGCUACAUGAACAUCGACGGGGACGGCGUCAGGAAGGUGACCCCGAGCGACACGCAGUCCCUGGAGAACGACAUCUUCGGUCAGCGCUCUGACAGGCCGCAGCAGGUGAACCAGGCAUCGAGGCGGCAGUGGCAGCUGCUGGAGAGCAUCAUCAAGGAGCAGCAGGAGAGAGCGGGCAGCUCCUCCUCGUCGCCGAUGGGAUCAGCAGGCUCUCCCGCCGGCGGCCAGGGCUCGUUCACGUACGUGCUGGUCGUGUUCGCCGUCCUCUUCGGCCUGGGGGCCCUCGUCGUGCUGAAGCUGGUUCGCGCUGACCAGAGCGUGCAGGCCGAGAAGGAGGCCAAGAAGGCGGAGAAGGCCGAGAAGAAGUUGUCGAAGAAGGCGAAGAUGAAGUGAGGGCGGCUGUGGCGGUUCCGCCAGCAGCCGAGCGGUUGAUCGGUCGCCGCGACCCAGAGUUUCUGCGCCUAGUUUGGUUGAGCAAAA